AUUUUAAAUAACUUUAAAAUAAUUAUGCAGGAUUAAUAUGAUAUGUUAUAUGAAACCACAGUAAUUCUAAAUAUAUGUGAAUCUGGCGCGUGUGUGACAUUCACACGCUUGGCAAACCGCUGGAUGACCAUGUACGGCCAUCACGGAUAGAGUAGGGACAGGGAUCAAACUGUCGACGAGAGCUGAUGGACAAACGUUCAUCAGACGAACAACAGAUCAACUUUGAAGCAGUACUUAUUUUCACUAGUCACAACUCGCUAGUCUUUAUUUUAAUAUAAGUCAUUUAUUGGACUUAGUAUAAUUUCACAGUUUAACUAUUUAAAUAAAAUCAAGUAUAACCAUCAUCGGCGUCUAUUAUUUCAUUAUUCCAUCAUCCUUUUCUCUGGUUGAGAUUGGCACGUUACACCCAUGGCGACCAUGUCCAUUGCGUCCACGUCUGCCGACAGUCAAACUCGGCUUGUCGGUGUUUAUGGUUGCAACGAUCCGUCCUCUAUCGCCAACGUGGACGACGACGCCUUUGAAGACGCGUUUGGGCGAUACAUCUCACGUCGUCGGACUGGAAAAGUAUCGUGCGAUAUUUUUCUACAGACGGCCGGGAACCCCAACAAAUUGACGGCGUCGGUUCCAAUGGAGGAUUACGUGAUGGACGCAAUUUUAUACAAGAAGUCAGAUCUCGAAGGACUCGGGGACAUGAAGGAAAUGUGGAAGUAUGCGUCAAUGAAAUGCCAAACGACGUUCCCAGAGAGCUCGGUGCAUUUGCAGAAUAUCAAGACGGCAAUGCGAACCACUCUUCCUUUGAUGAAGACUUCGGACACGAUGAGGGAGGUUCCAGUGUCAAACCAGUAUGCGUGUACCCAACGUCGCUGAAAAAUUUGUUGUACCACUAUCCUUGUUGCCCAACCGACACGUUCACGAAUAUCAAAUAAUUUUAUUUGAAUAGUAAAUUAAAUAGUAUAUUGGAAGAGGAUAAAAAGUGUAAAGUACCUUUUAGGAAUUGGUGCGCUAUUAUACGGGACUGGAGUAUCCAGGAAUUUGUAGAAUACUAUAAUAAACCCAAUAUAAAACCGUAUUUCAACGCGUAUGCUAGGGGGACUGGAACAGUUUAUUAUGAUAUCGAAAAAUCCGUUUCA